CUCCUCCUCCUCCUCCUCUUGCUGACUGGCUUUGGGAGCUUUUGUUUUUUUUCUCCCACGUGACCGUGGUGUUGUUGUGGCUGCUGCUGCUGCUACUGCUGCCCCUCGGCGCGAGGGCACCUCUUGAGGAGGAGGAAAAAAAGAAAAAAGAGAGAGGAAGGAAGGAAGGAGGGAAGGAAGGAGGAGGAGAAGAAGGAAGAGGAGGAGAAGGAGAAGAGGAAGGGAUUGCUGAGGGCGCUGCAGAGAAGCAGCUCUGGGGGAGAGAAAAGGCAGGCAGCUCUGAGGAAGGCAGGCAGGCUGCUCUGAGGGAAAAAGGAGACAAUUCUGAGAGGGAAAAGCAGAUAGUUUUGAGGUGAAAGGGAGACAAAUCUGAAGGGGGAAAGCAUAGUUGUGAGGUAAAAAAGGAGGCAGUUCUGGGGAUGGGGGGGAAGCGGACAGUUUUGAGGGGGAAAGGAGACAAUUCUGAGGGGGAAAGCUUAGUCUUGAGAUAAAAAGGAGGCAAUUCUGGGGGGGGGYSCAUAGUUUUGAGGUAAAAAGGAGACAAUUCUGAGGGGGCGGGAAAAGCAGAUAGUUGUGAGGUUAAAAAAAGACAAUUCUGAGGGGGGAAAGUAUAGCUUUAAGGUAAAAAGAAGGCAGUUCUGAGAGGAGAAAGCAUAGUUUUGAGGUAAAAAAAGGAGACAAUUCUGAGGGGGAGAAAGCAGAUAGUUGAGAGGUAAAAAAGGAGACAAUUCUGAGGGGGGGYAAGCUUAGUUUUGAUGGAAAAGGAGACAYUUCUGAGGGGGGAAAGGCAGGCAGCUCUGAUGGGAAAAGGAGACAAUUCUGAGGGAGAAAAAGCAGAUAGUUUUGAGGGGAAAAGAAGACAAUUCUGAGGGGGGAAACAACGUUUUGAGGUGAAAAGAAGGAAAUUCUGAGGGGGGAAGCGUCGCUUUGAGGUAAAAGGCAAUUCUGAGGGGGGGGGGCAGAUACUUUUGAGGAAGAAUGAGGCAAUUCUGAGGGGAGAAAGCGGAUAGUUUUGAGGUGGAAAGGAGACAAUUCUGAGGGGAAAACAUAGUUCUGAGGGGAAAAGAUAGAUAGUUUGGAGGUAAAAAAGGAGACAAUUCUGAGGCGGGAAAGCAAAUCGUUCUGAGGGGAAAAGGUAGAUAGUUUGGAGGUUUAAAAGCCAGGCUGUUAUGAGAGAAAAUGCAGACAGAUCUGAGGGGAAAGGUGGACAGUUCUGAGGAGGAAAGGCAGGCACUUCUUCUGAGGGAGAAGGGAAACCAUUCUGAGGGGAAAGGUAAACAGUUCUGAGGGAGAAAGGGAGACAUUUCUGAGGGAGAAAGGGAGACAGUUCUGAGGGGGAAAGGUAGAUAAUUCUGAGGGAGAAAGGUAGAUAAUUCUGAGGGAGAAAGGGAAGCCUUCUGAAGGGGAAAGGCAACCAGCUCUGAGGGGAAAGGCAGCCAGUUUUGGGGGAACAAUGUGGCCUGAGCCCCGAGCCCGGUCGACGCUUCGGGGCCUCCAGGCGGGGUUUUAGCAUUCCCGGCGCAUUCCUUCCUUCCUCCUCCUCAGGACCAUGGCAAUGGCGGCGGCUCCUCCGGCCUUGGCUCCCCGCAGCAGCCCCGGGAGCAGAAGCAGCGGGAGCGGGAGCAGCCCCGGGACGCUGGGCGCUUCUUGCCCGAGAAGGAAGGCUCCUCCUCCGCCGCCGCCGCCGCGCAUGGACCCCCGCCGCAGGCAAGCCGCGCUCUCCUUCCUCACCAACAUCUCCCUGGAUGGGCGGCCCGCGCUGCAGGACGACGACGAGGGCGGCGGGGAAGGAGGCGGCGGCAGCGGGGACGGCUCCGUGUUGUUGGCCAGCAGGGCCCCCCUGGGCUCCGCCACCAGGACGCGGCUCGGCUCCGGCGCUUUCCAGUCGCCUCAGCAGCAUCACGGGGCUCCCAGCGCCCCCUCCUCAGCCUGCCUCCGGUUCGCGAUGAGUCCCUUCGGGGCCUCCCGGAGCGAGGAAGGCGACGACGAGGAGGAGGAGGACGAGGAGGAGGAAGGCGAGGAAGACGCCUUCGCCAGCCCGCAGGGGGCCUCGGGCAGCAGCAGCAGCGGCGUCGUCGGAGGGGCCCCGCGGGGCCGGCUCGGCUCCUUCACUCAGGGAAUCCUGCCCCUCUCCGCCUUCGCCCGCGCCGCCGCCCCGCCGCAGGGCUUCCACGCCUGCUGCGCCCUCGAGCAAGCCGGGCCCGUCGCGCCCGCCGCCGCCGCCUUCGAGCUGCAGAGGUCCCGACGCCGGUUGAUUUCCCAGAGGUCUUCAUUGGAAACUUUGGAAGACAUUGAGGAAAAUGCUCCCUUACGGAGGUGCCGGACUCUGUCAGGCUCACCUAGACCAAAGAACUUUAAGAAGGUUCAUUUCAUCAAGAACAUACGACAGAAUGAUACACGGAGUGGCAGAAUAGUCCUUAUUAGUGGAAGAAGAUCUUUCUGCAGCAUAUUUUCAGUGCUGCCAUAUCGUGAUUGUAGCCAUGUUGGAGAUGUGAAAACGGAAGGUGGAAGACAGUGUCACACUUCCACAGGAGUUUGCUUGAAAGAUAUAGUUGGCCUUGAAGGUGUGGAACUGGGAGCCAAUGGGAAGACUGUUUCUUAUACCCAAUUUCUUUUUCCAACUAAUGCCUUGGGAGCACGGAGAAACACCAUAGACUCCACUUCAUCCAUUCAGUUUCGCAAUGCAAGCCAUCGUAGCCUAUCGUUUGGAAGGGCUAACAGUACCCAAGGGAGCAUUGAUACAGGCAGUGACUUGGGAGAAUAUAUUGAAUACAACCCAAAUCUUUUAGAUGAUCCUCAGUGGCCAUGUGGAAAGCAUAAGCGGGUAUUGAUAUUCCCUUCAUAUAUGACAACAGUCAUUGAUUAUGUGAAGCCGUCUGACCUUAAGAAAGAUAUGAAUGAGACUUUCAAGGAGAAAUUCCCUCACAUCAAGCUGACACUUAGUAAAAUAAGAAGCUUGAAGCGAGAGAUGCGCAAACUAGCCCAAGAAGAGUGUGGUUUCGAGGAACCCACUGUAGCCAUGGCCUUUGUCUAUUUUGAGAAGCUUGCUCUCAAGGGAAAACUCAACAAGCAGAACAGGAAGCUGUGUGCAGGGGCCUGUGUGCUACUAGCUGCCAAAAUUGGCAGCGAUCUCAAAAAGCACGAGGUGAAACAUCUCAUAGAUAAACUGGAAGAGAAGUUUCGGCUGAACAGGCGAGAACUGAUUGCCUAUGAAUUUCCAGCGUUAGUGGCCUUGGAGUUUGCUCUCCAUCUACCUGAACAUGAAGUCAUGCCACAUUAUAGACGCUUGAUCCAAAACUCCUAGCAUUGGCUACCCUUCCAAGAAGGGGGAGGGGUUUAAAAACUUACUUUCUGUUGAGCUCAGAAGAGCAGAAUUACUACUGGAAAUGCAAAAAUGGGACACAGAUGCCCCAAGACCCAUUGUACUCUUUUUCAGUGCAGCUUUUUGACAAGAUAAUAGGAAUAAAGCAGUAAAUUCCUUUUUAAGACUCUCAGGCUACAGGAACUGUUUAACUAAGCGCAUGAGUUGCAUGCAAAUGAGCAGUGGAUGGAUUAGAUUCAUACCAAAUGGACCAAAUAAGAACUUCUUUGAGUUAUGCUUAUCUCUCCUGAAAAGAAUGAGGAUCUACAGUAGCCUUCAUUUCAUGCUUCUUUUUCACUGUUCCAUUCAGUUACUUGGAAUUUUGUCAGCUUUUUUAUAAGCUGGUGGUUUUCAGCUUAUUGAAGAAUCCUUCAAGUGGUGGCAGGUUGUGGUGUGUUUCUUCACUGUGUCAAUGAUGUGCCAAUCUAUUUUUGUAUCUGAUACUGGAAGUGCACUUUUCCCAAUAGGUGGGUGGAUUGUUCAUUUGUGAGACAGUGAAUGUGCCAGCCUUGCAUCAUUGCUACAAUAAUGUAUAUUAAAGAAUGGGGAAAAAUUGGGACCAUCUGGAGAAAACAAAACUACUGAAAAGGAGAAAUGUGGUUUCACAUUCUUCAGGUGCCAGUCUUCAGGUGGCAUUUUCUAACCCCUUGAUUCUUUGAUUUCAUCCCCUCUGUACAACUUCUUUUCUUUUUCUUAAGAUUACACUACUACAUAUGUACACACACACACAAAAUGACUACCUGCAACUUGUCUUAUGCUUUCACUUUUGUACUUGAUUCCAUUCAUAUGCUGAGUAUGUGAGAGAGGUGUCCUUUUUGUGGUUGUCUCAGUUUUAGCCACACACUAGCAGCCUCUGCAGUUUUCCCUCUGUGGAGAUAGUUAGACUUGCACUCUGUAGUGUUCGCAAUUGGUGCUCUAUGUUAGAGUGCAUUUGGAGGCACGUUGACGGUGCUGAAUGUUUAAACAGUGUUUUCUAAAACCAAUAUGUCAAACCAAGAAGCAGAAUUGUCAGUCCGGGGUCUUGACACCAGGAACACACACCAGUGUGGGUAAUUCUCGUUGCAGUUGCAUUACUGUUGUUUUUAAACAAAAUAGGUUGUACAACACCAACUUUGAAUAACGAGGGCACUAAAAUUGCUACAUUUUUUCAUAUUCCGGAGAUGUUUUACUAUUCUGGAAUCUUGUAGUACUUUAACUGUUUGUAAAUUACCAAAUCCAGAUGGGAAAAAACUCAGAAUGCAAACAGGACCCUCUCUGUGUAUUCUGUUUUCUAAAUACUUGUAUGUAUAAUUAUUAUGUAUGAUAAGAUAAUUGCAGCUGGAUGUGCUUGGUAAUAUGCUAAAAGACAUGCAUCAAAGAAUUAAACAAUUAUUUUUAUAUAUAGUGAAUGUACAUGCCCCACUUUUUCCAGUACUGAUUCACUUGACACAGUCUAUGACUGGCACAACAAUUUCAAUAAAAUCAAGUAGUUUACUGUUUUAAA